UCCUUUUCCCCGUCGCCUUUAGCCAAGGGUAGGGGGGUGUGCAUAGGCAGAAAACGACCUAUGCUUAAAACUGUAUUUUAUGCGAAGCUCAUACUUUCACUUUUUGUGUUUUAAACCACUUUACGCUUGCUUUUCGAAAGUGCGUGCUGAUUUUUUUUUGUAAGCUACUAUUUUUCUUAAAUAAUAAAAUCAGCGAAACCAUUAAAGAUGCCUGACACAGUGACACCCGUGGUACAGCCCUUCGCAGCUCAGCUGAAGACCUUGAUGGACCUGGAAGGCAGAUACCAACCAAAGCUCAGCGGACUGAGGCUGAUUGACAGUGCCCAGGACAACGGCCUCAGGAUGACCACCCGGCUGAGAGAGCUGGAGGUGAAAGACCUGCUCUCCCUAUCCAGGUUCUUUGGCUUCUGCUCGGAGACCUUCUCGCUGGCCAUCAGCUUGCUCGAUCGCUUCCUUUCUGUGAUGAAGAUACAACCGAAGCACCUGUCCUGUGUAGGCUUGUGCUGCUUCUACAUUGCUGUGAAGUCUUCUGAGGAGGAGAAGAACGUGCCUCUGGCCAAUGACCUAAUCCGCAUUAGUCAGAAUCGCUUUACGGUGUCUGACAUGAUCAGGAUGGAAAAGAUCAUCAUGGAGAAGCUCCACUGGAAGGUGAAGGCUCCUACAGCUCUGCACUUCCUCCGCCUGUUUCACGCUCGCAUCCAGGAGCAGCUCAACGCUGAGAGCAGGAAUAUACUGAGCCUUGACCGACUGGAGGCGCAGCUGAAAGCAUGUCACUGCUCAUUUGUCUUCUCUAAAAUCAAGCCCUCUCUUCUUGCCAUUGCUCUGCUGUGUUUUGAGGCCCAGGAACAGCAUGACCCUGAGCACACAAACCAAAUAUCUGAGGCCCUGCGAAGUCUGCAGCAGCUGCUCAGUGUAAAAGAUGGUGACCUGGUGUGUGUGAGAGAAUUGGUGGGGAAAUGCCUGUCUGAGUACGCCACCACCAAGUGCUCCAGACCCAACAGCCAGAGGCUCCGCUGGACGAUCUCAGGAAGAACUGCUCGUCAGCUGAAGCACAGCUAUUACAAGAUCGCUCAUCUUCCCACCAUACCCGAGUCGGCUUCCUAAAACUGGAGCGUAUAAGUGGGUGAUUUAACCUGCAGAGAGAAAUUUCACCUGUUCUCAGUUUUGCAGCCUUUUCACCCAUUUAUAUCUCCACUAAUUUUCCUUACAGACUUCCAUCAAAGAUGAUGGAUUUCUUUAAGGAAGAGCUUUACGUCAAGUUAGCUGUAGAUUGGUUAAACACUGUCCCACUAACGAGGAGUAACGCUUCAUCAGAAAGGCUUAUCUGUUGCCAAGUUUUACUCUCCUGGUUGAGUUGUUCACACAGGUGUACAGUAUGUUCUCAUUUAUAAAUUCGUACCAGGCCAUUUUCUGGUAUGGGUUGUUGGUUUUAAGCUAAUAAUGUAUUGAACCACCUAGGUCCUCAGUCCACCAUGUGGAAGAGGAGGGAGAAGGAUUUUGUGAAUAGGAAAAAUGGAACCAAGAAAUCGGGCCCAAGAUCCUUAACUCCCACCCUAGGUUGCUAAACUGUCCUGAAUGCACACUCCUACCCAAGGUGACUUUUUUCUUUUUAUUUUGAUAACGGCAAGGAGGCUCUGGUUUGAGCCAGCAAUGUGAAACUAGUGACAAUUUUGUCACCUGUGGCUGAAACAUCACUUGACCUGAAAUCGGCAACAGUGUAGUUAAUUUCACGGGACCUUUAUUCUGUUGUGCCACCACACGAUUGAACUGGUUUUAGUUGAAUAAGUUACGGCUGCUGUGGAAAUGUUGGUUGGAAUUUGUCCAGCGUUUUCUCCUCCAGUUUCCCCAUGUAGGUUGUUUCAUAGACAAAACGGUCAAAGGAAUACACUGAUCCAUGGAUGUACUUGCACCUUUCAAUAAAACUAUUGAAAAGCUAAA